CGGGGCGCAGCCGGUGCGCUGCUCCAGCGGCGGAGCCGCGCCGGGAGCGGGUGCGCGGAGCCGUGCGGAGCCGUGCGGAGCCGUGCGGAGCCGUGCGGUGCGGAACCGAGCGGAGCCCAGCGGGGCACCGGCGCUGCCGGCGCCUCCCCGGUGCCCGCCGGGAGCAGAGCCAAGGAAGAUGACAUCUCGGCUCCUCUGAGCCAGCAGUGCCCAGGGAGAGCCAUGGAGUACGAGCUGCCCAACGCCACCGCCUUCUGGUUCUCCCCGGCCUCCCCCUUCGACAACUUCUCCCUGGAGGCGCCCACCAACACCUCCCAGAACGCCACGGGCCAGCACUUUGACCUGACCAGCAACGCCAUCCUCACCUUCAUCUACUUCGUGGUGUGCAUCAUCGGGCUGUGCGGCAACACGCUGGUCAUCUACGUCAUCCUCCGCUACGCCAAGAUGAAAACCAUCACCAACAUCUACAUCCUCAACCUGGCCAUCGCCGACGAGCUCUUCAUGCUCGGGCUGCCCUUCCUGGCCAUGCAGGUGGCCCUGGUGCACUGGCCCUUCGGCAAAGCCCUCUGCAGGAUUGUCAUGACGGUGGAUGGCAUCAACCAGUUCACCAGCAUCUUCUGCCUGACGGUUAUGAGCGUGGACCGCUACCUGGCUGUGGUCCAUCCCAUCAAAUCUGCCAAGUGGAGGCGGCCCAGGACAGCCAAAAUGAUCAACGUGGCCGUUUGGGGCGUCUCCCUGCUGGUGAUCAUGCCCAUCAUGAUUUACGCUGGGGUGCAGCACAACCACGGCAGGAGUAGCUGCACCAUCAUCUGGCCGGGAGAGUCGGGCGCCUGGUACACGGGAUUCAUCAUCUACGCCUUCAUCCUGGGCUUCCUGGUGCCUCUCACCAUCAUCUGCCUUUGCUACCUGUUCAUCAUCAUCAAAGUCAAGUCCUCGGGCAUCAGGGUGGGCUCCUCCAAAAGGAAAAAGUCCGAGAAGAAAGUCACCAGGAUGGUGUCCAUCGUGGUCGCCGUCUUCAUCUUCUGCUGGCUCCCCUUCUACAUCUUCAACGUCUCCUCCGUGUCCGUCAUGAUCGUGCCCACGCCCGUCCUCAAGGGCAUGUUCGACUUCGUGGUGGUCCUGAGCUACGCCAACAGCUGUGCCAACCCCAUCCUCUAUGCCUUCCUGUCCGACAACUUCAAGAAGAGCUUUCAGAAUGUCCUGUGCCUGGUGAAGGUCAGCGGCAUGGACGAGGCCGACCGCAGCGACAGCAAGCAGGACAAGUCCCGCCUCAACGAGACCACGGAAACCCAGAGGACCCUGCUCAACGGGGACCUGCAGACCAGCAUCUGAGGGGACGGCGGGUUUGUCCUGCCCGUGCUCCUCCCCUUCCAUCGGCUCCCGGCUGCAGCAGGGGGUGGCAGCACGGGGCCAGGCCAGGAAUGCCACCUGAGGGGACGGGCGGUGGCCUCGGGGCUCCUCUGCUGGGCUCUUCUCUGCUGGUUUGGCUUUCAGGUGUUGGGUCAGGAGGAGCUGCUUCGCCAGGAAAACCAAGACAACCCACGGCGACACCAAAGUGCCACCAAAGUGGGCACAGGUACGGCCGGGGUGGCUCUGCUGGGUCCCCCGUGCCACCCUCGGGGCCGGCCGGCUUCGGGGCUCUGCAGCGGGACACACCGGGGGACCUCGGGAGGAGCCGAGGCCACAGGUGUGCGACAACCUGCAGCGACCUGGUGGGAGCGUCCCUCCCGAGGAGAGCGGGAUGUCUGGGAUUGCGUUUCCCCGGGAUAUUCCCUGCUCCGCCGCCUCCCCGCGCUCUGUGACCGCUGCACCCGGAGGGGACACGCCAGCACGGAGGUGACUUCCCCACGGGAAGCAGCUCUGCCCCCCCCGCAGCAGCCCCUCUGAUGCCACCCUGCCUCCUCCAGCCCUUUCCCUGCCCGGCAGAUUUUCUCCCGGGAUGGAGGAUGGAGAAUUUCUCCCUUUGCCCUCCCCGGAGCCGCUGCCUCUCCCACCGCCCGCAUCGGCCGGUCCCACGCUGCGCCGCUGCUCCGGGCACCGCCAGCGCUCCGCUCCCUGCUGGAAAAUCCUUGGAAGUGUUUCAGCAGCGCUGUCGCGUUGGAAAAGCCUGGCACGGGCACCUGGCGCUGCCAGCGGCUCCUGCACCCGGCUGAGAUCGGGGUUUGUCCGGCCGCGGCUCCGAGGGCUGGCACCUCCCUGCUCCUUCCAGGCAAGUGACGCUGGAGAGAGGAUGGGCACGGGCAGGGGGUGCUGGGGACUCGCUGCCCACCCUUGUCCGGCCGAAGGGAGCGGGCAGAGCCAAGGGGGCUCCCGGCAGCGGGGGAGGAGGAAGGGCAGGGCAGCACGGAUCCAUCCCCUGGAUCUGCACUGUGUGAGGGCUGGCGGGGCUGGCCCCACAUCCGCUCUAUUUGCCUCCCCAAGACUGUCCCGAAGCGUUCGGCUCUGUCCCUGUCCCUGGCUGCCCUGCCAUCCCGGCACAAACCGGGGCUCUGUCCCCCAGCCGAGCCCCUCCUUGGCCGGCGCAGCGGGACCCCGGGGAAAGCCCAGGGGAGAGGGAGAAGUGGCGGCACCGGGGGCCGGAUCCGUUCACAGGCCCCGCUCCAGCGCCGAGCCGUGGGAACGAGGGGCUUUGGGGGGAGGGAGCAGCCGGGGCUCGGUCACCCUGCCCUGUGCCACCGCCACCGGAUAACGGAGCAUCACCCGCAGCACAAACGGGGUGGGAGGUGAGGCUGCACCGGGCACCGCCUGCCCUGGGGUCCCGCUUGCUCGGCCAGGCCAUGCUCCAUCCCAGAGCAUGAAGUUUUCCCAUGGCUGUGCCCAGCUCCUGCGGCAGAUCCCGGCCUGGGGCAUCCCUCCGGCUGUGCCAGCCCUGCCCGCUCCCCACAAAGGGUUCGGUGCCAGGCUGGUACCUGCUCCUGCCUCUGUUGGACGCUGCAUUUACUGCGAGACAAAGCAGAGCCGUGCCAGCAAUUGUUUGCUUUUAACUCUUUCCUGCUCCUCCGAGGAUCAGUGCCCGUGUGGCACCUCCCUGUCCCCUCGUGGGCACCGAGCGCUGGCGUGGGGAGCGCGGCUGCCCCCGGGCUCGGGGCACGGCGGGUCGCUGCUGACGCUGCAGGAAUUGCAGCUCGGGGCUCGGUGAAACGGAGCCCGGGGAGGGCCGGGAGCGGGGCUGGGCUCGGUGGCACAGCCGCAGCGAUGCGUCAGUGCCGCCGUGGGCACCCCGUGGGGGAGGCGUGUGCGUGGUGUGCGGUGGGGAGGGGGAUGCGUGCAGCCCCCAGCUCUCACCUGCAGCCGGGCCAAACCCGGGUUUGCCGGGGUCUGACUCCAGCCCAGCCGUGUCUGUGCCAGCAAAACCCCGCUGGAUGAAAGAGCCUCCAGCUGGGAGCACCCCCCUCUGCGCUGGUUUCAUGUGGAAAUACAGAAAUCCGGGAAUUCCCUGCCCAGUUCAGCUUUGUCCCGGCAAACCCCCAGGCAGUGACACUUCUGGAUGCUCAGAGUGGGAUCUGAAACAUGUCCCUGCUUUGCCGGGAUGGGGAUAACAGGGCUGCAGGUGAGGAAUGAGGGGCGUGGGGCACUGCCACCAACAUCCCAAAGGCCACCGAGGCAGGAUGUGGCAGGGAAGGAGCACGAGGUGGCUCCUGGGGGCUGCCAGGGCUCUCCUCGGCCACCUUUCCACAGCUCAGCGAGGAAAAAGAGCAGGAAAGCAAAACGUGCUGCCUUGGAGUGCUGGGAAGGAGCUGCAGCCACAGCCCACCAGUGGCUGUAAAAGCAGCAAAAUAAAACCUUUUGCUGUUCAUUGCUGACUAAUAAACAUCAGCCCCGCUGCUGCUGCUGCUGGUAACGAAGUUUUCCUUCCCAGCCACUUGAUUUUAGUGGGAACUUGACCUCAGAUUGGAUCUGCUCUGCAAAGCCUCUCAGGGCUGCUGGUGGCAGGAUGAGAAAUCUCUGCUGGUGACUGCAGAGCCAAGAGCCCGAUCCUGCAAGUGCUUCUCACUGAGACGGGCCUGGGCAGCAGGGAGCACUGACGGAAGUUUUCCCAAAUCCCAAGCACGAAUUGGGGUGUGCCACAAGCUCCCCGGGAUGCCUGGAGCAGGGAUCUGGGUCACUCCUGCACGAGCCUUCCAUUCCCAGCGUGGCCUCCCCAGAGCCCGUGGGAGCCAAUUCCCCUUUUCCUCCUCACCGCUGCUUCCCCAGCGAGGCUGAGGGGUGGCACCACAGCUCCUCAGUCCCACGGGAUCGACCUGCAUGGAGACAUCCCUGCUGUCCCCUUCCUCAGCAGGGCUGGGGCUGGGCUGGGCAUCCCCGGUGUCCCCUCGGAGCCAGCCUGGCUCUGGGCACUCUGCUGGCCAGUGCCCCGCUGUGCUCCAGAGCCAAAUCCUGCUCGGGUGGGCAGCAGGGGCUGGGCAUGGACCUGGAGCCUUCCCGGAGCAUCUCUGCAGCUCCUCGUGCCGGCUCCAGCGCUGCCUUGGACCGAAAUAAUCUCCUGAAGUGCACUGCCGUGGCUCCGGGGGUUUCCCCACCCUGCCACAGUGGAAGAGCCUUGUCUUUGUGGGACACGCCACCGAGAGGUCCCAGAGCUGCCCAGGUCCCAUCCAGCCCCACCAGGCAAGGAGAGCUCCCAGGCUCCGAUCCAAUUCCAAAGUGCUCAGGGAGAGGCUCCAUCCCCUCCCUGCUGCUGCUCCAAGGGGGAAUCACCAGCGAGGCACGAGCAAAGGACACAGCAAACCCCAAAGCUGCCUUCCUACUACCGAGCCUGGAACUUGUCUGCCCAGCCCAGGGCACCUCUGUCCUUCCCUCUGACACCCAGCCUGGCACCUGGCUAUCCUGAGGGAUUUCAGCCCCACUCCCUGCUCGCUGCAGGACCUGGACUGUGAAAAGCCACAACAGGAGGGCCAGGCUGGGAGGAUCCUCCUCCAGCAGUGUCCCAGGCAGGAGAUGCUGAGGGAUGCACAGCCUGGCCACUCCCUCUGUCCAUCCCUCCAUCCCUCCGUGGAUUCCAUCCACCCCUCCAUCCCACCCCACGCCGUGUCUGGGAGGAGGGACGGGAUGGCUGACUGUAAAUAUGUGUAAAUUGUAUAUACUGGAUGUACCCAGGGGGGUUUUCUGUUCAUGCACCCACAGGGCACCCCUGACUCCCCCUGUGCCAGGGGGUGGGUGGCACCACGCACGAGCCAGGAGGGACCCCAGGGGCUGCUGCCACCCUGCCAGGUGACUUCUGCAGGGCAAGGGAGGUGAAGUGAGGUCUCUGUUCCCUGCAGAGAUCCAGCAGCACCGUCCACGCCCCGUGUCCGUAGCUGUGCCCUGUCAGUGAUCCGUGGUGACCAGGACAUGCCGAGGCCGUGUCCCUGCUCCCAGCCCUGUUUUCCUCCCUGGCAAUCGUUCCUCAGUGUCCCAGUGUGGGACUGAGCCUUCCCACAGAGAAGGCUCCCACUGCCACAGUCUGUGCCACGGGGAGGGAAAUAAAAGGGUUUUCCUACA